AUAUGUUGUGAUAGCUAGAUAAGGUUGCUUAAUACACUUCAAAUGGCUUCCAAAAGUGUGUUUUACUUCUUUCUUCUUGUCCUUGUCUUUGAGUUUCAGACGUCCUUUGGGCAAGGUACCGUGAAUGGAGCAUAUUGGUUGGCAGACGCCGGAGUUCCAGCCUCCGACAUAGAUUCCACUUUGUUCACUCACCUUUUCUGUGCAUUUGCAGAACUUGAUCCUCAAACCAACAAGGUCACCCUUCCCUCUACAUCAUUUUCCCAGUUCACAGCCACUGUCCGCCUCAAAAACCCUUCCGUCAAGACCCUCCUAUCCAUCGGCGGCGGAAAUAUCGCCGAUCCCAACACUUUUCCGGCCAUGGCCAGCCAACCCAGUUCCCGGAAAUCGUUCAUCGAUUCCUCCAUUUCCGUAGCUAGAGCUAAUGGGUUUUCUGGGUUGGACCUGAACUGGGAAUACCCAAGAACCACGAAUCAAAUGGCUGAUAUGGAGUCGCUAUUGAAAGAAUGGCGUGCCGCGGUGGCUGCCGAAGCCGCCAGCUCCAGCAGGUCACCGCUGCUCUUAACGACGGCGAUUAACAACGCACCAAGAAUUAAGGAAUUGAGCUAUCCCAUCCAGGCUAUCCAGAAAAACCUGGAUUGGGUAAACGUCAUGGCGUACGAUUUCUACGACCUAAGCUAUUCAAAAGUAACCCGACCCCAUUCUACGCUCUACGAUCCAGCCGGCCGGUUCAAUGGAAGCAAUGGGAUUCAAAAUUGGUUAGUGGAAGCACUUGCGAACUUGCAGUACUUGCGACAUCUUCCUCCUCGCUUUCAAAAUCGGUACUGCGACUCGACUGUUAAAGGCCUUUUGGCAAAAGCUAGAGACCGCCCACCAAGGUGUUAUUUCGACACGGGGUAUCAGGCUGCUAAGAAGAAGGCUACGGCUGGUGCGGUGCUUCUGUCAUCCGAGGGUACAUUCCUAUAG